AUGAAGGCAAUCAGCUUCACUGCCUCCCUGAACCGCAUACCCUGGCCAACCUCCAACAAGAUCAAGAACUUGGAAAAGGAAAUGGCUAUUGCCUCUCCUCAGCCUAGGAUCACCAUUGGUAGCUUUGACGCUCUAAGCCGGAGUGCAGGCAGUCAACAGUACGACCCAGGGAAAUACACACCCAACGAGCUGGCUGAAAGAACCAUCAUCAAUGACUGCUUUAACAAACUGGCCCCACUGGCUCGUACGGCGGGCGAGGUGUGUGCUCAGGGGCAGAUGACAGUGCUGCCGCUGGCCGAUGGGGAGCGGGCAGCCUUUGCCAACGCAGUCACCGCAUCUCAGGUGGGAGAGGCGUUGGUACAAGCAGACCGGCUACCCUCAUGCUUGGCAGAGCGAUGCAGGUGCAAAAAGACGAAGCCGACGCUGUCGACCUACCUGGCCAAGAACUACAGCUACAUCAUUCAUGCUAAAGUAAAAAGCAUAGAAAGAGGGAGCUGCAAUGAGGUGACGACUGUGGUUGAAGUCAAAGACAUACUCAAGUCUUCGAUGCCGAUUCCGCUGUCUCAAGUGCCCCUUCUUACAAAUUCCUCCUGCCAGUGUCCACCUCUUCAACCGAAGCAGGAUGUUCUCAUCAUGUGCUAUGAAUGGCGCUCAAGGUUGAUGCUUCUUGAUGGAUGUCUAGUUGAAAAAUGGAAGGAUCAGCUAAACAAAAGAUUUAAGAGGUGGGAACAGAGACUGCAAGAACAAAAGCUGCGAACAGCCCGCAAUAAAAAGCAGAAUGCAGGACGCAGUGGUCGGAGUGGAGCCCCAAAACCAUCAACCAAGAACACCAACCCGCUGGUCAGUGGCCCCAAAAAGGCCAUUAAAAUAAGAAAUGGCCAGAAAGAAACCAACCCAAAAAAAGUAUGA